UCCAAUUUAGGAAGCAAGGACUCAGUAACCAUGAAGUUCCUCAUUUUUACUUGCCUUUUGGCUGUUGCUCUUGCAGAGCAGAACAAAUGCUACCAAUCUAGUCAGAAGUUCAAAGCACCUCAAGCCCUCAAGGAUCUUUACCAAUAUCACAUUGCUAGGAAUCCAUGGGGUUACGUUGUGAAUACUGCCUUCCCCUUCCCUCACGCUCUGGAAUCUGACAUCCUUUCUCAGCAACAAUAUAACCAGAAAAUGGACAUGAAUAUGCAAGCCAGAGAGCAACACAACCAGAAAAUGGACAUGCGUAUGCAAGCCAGAGAGAAAACUGUGAUGACUGACGAAGAACAGACCAUUCAAGACUGCAUGAACAAAGUGAAACCAUGCAGCACGAUCACCUGGCCUCAGUUUGUGCAGCUGCUUCAUCAGUAUCAGAAAACUAUGAACCUACGGAGCUAUUAUCCAUAUACCCCCAGCCUGGUUUGAGUGGAAAAUCCACAUCUCCACCCUCUUUUCUAUUAUAAUUACUUCUCAAAACCAGUAUAUUGGGACAAAUGUAUGAAUGAGACAGAAAUGCUGAGCUGAAGGAAGACUGCAAAGCCAUUUCUGAAUGGCUUCUAUUCUUGUUUGCUUAUGUUGGGUCUAUAAGUGAGUUUCAUCUCAGCAGAG